AUCAUUACAAACCACAACGGUCUUUACCAGCAAAUCAUUAUUAUUUUGAAACAAGUGUCGUCCUCUCUUUGUUGCGCCUACCUUGACACCUGAAACAUGAUAACUGAACGAGUCACUUCGACUGUGGUGAAGUCGUUAGGGAUACAGCGGUCCUGAGGCGCAUUAGCUGCCAAAUAAUUGGCUCAAACAAAUUCACAGCUUGAGGUGGAUUUACUCUUCUGUCCUCUGAUUUAUCAGUUCCUAAUUCGCCAGCAGAAUGGACCUGCUACCUGACGUCUGGAGGGAGGACUACUGGCUUCCUCCAGGAGUGACCUGGAGAGACGUGGAGCAGCUGGCAGACUCUGACAGAGCACGACCCUGGGACCUUCUCAUAGCUCUGCCUCUCGCACUGGGCUUUGUUGCCCUACGCUACGUGUUUGAGAGGUUUUUUGCCCCACCCAUGGGCAGAUGUUUGGGGGUGAAGAACAGAAUACAAGCAACUGCUGCCCCCUCCCCAAAGCUGGAGUCGUUUUACACCCAGAGGAGCAAACAGCCGACACAGAGUGAAAUACUUCAUUUGAUGUCGCUGUGUGGCAAAACGCAGAGGCAGAUUGAGACCUGGUUCAGACUUCGCAGAAACCAAGACAGGCCCUGUCAAACCAAGAAGUUUGGUGAAGCUGCUUGGAGGUUCUUUUUCUACAUCACAGCCUUCACGGCUGGACUGGCCUGUUUGAUUGAUAGACCAUGGUUCUGGGACCUGAGGGAAUGUUGGAGGAAAUAUCCAGUUCAGAUCAUGGAGAGAGCUCAUUACUGGUACUACAUGCUAGAGUUGGGGUUUUAUGGCUCUUUGCUUCUCCGAAUCUCUGUGGACGUCAAGCGGAAGGAUUUUAAAGAACAGGUGAUUCACCAUUUGGCUACCAUCUUCCUGCUGAGUUUCUCCUACUGUGCCAACUACCUUCGCAUCGGCACCUUGGUCAUGCUACUUCACGACUCCUCUGACAUCCUGCUUGAGUCUGCCAAGAUGUUCAACUACGGCACUGGCUGGAGGAGAACAUGUGACACGCUGUUUGUUGUGUUUACGUUGGUCUUUCUUGUAACUCGACUGGUGAUUUUUCCCACCAAAAUCAUCCAUACCACGUUGGUACUGUCCAUGGAGGAUUUUAAACCUUUUCCCGGCUACUACUUUUUCAACGUCCUGCUGAUGGUGCUGCAGGUUCUUCACAUCUUCUGGGCUGGCCUAAUCUUGCGCAUGGUUUAUAAAUUCCUGAAAGGCGAGCUGGAAAAAGACGAACGCAGCGAUGAAGAGAGCGAGGUUGAAGAAGAAGGGGACAAUAAAGGGAGAAAUGUGGAUCAAGGAGAUCAUUGUUGGGAGAGAAGUAAAGACAAACUGAACUCCAAACUGUCUAUGCUGACCAACAAUUGUGUCCUAAAUAACUUGACCAACCACAGGGAGUCUGUAGCCGACAAGAUGCGAAAAGCUCAGUAAAGUCUUGAUGAUUAUCUUUUACAGAAAAUCACAGUAUUUGAAAAUUGAAACAGCCAUGGUUUACAUGUUGACUGAAAUCAAAUGAAAAAUGUGAUUCUACACAAUGUUUACUACAGUUUGUGUAUGCUGAUGCCACUGCUUCACAUUUAAAGGUACUCUAAGCAAUGUUGGGUGACGUUGCUUCUUGUUGACGUUCGAAGUAUUUUCAAACAAAAUGAGACUAGCUUGCCCCUCCGGCCUCCUCAUCCCGUCCCCUCCCCGUCCCUUCUGUGCUUCCGCGCACUAACCCCUCCAUCCCCAAAUCCUUCUUGGCGGUUAUUGGCUGGAACGCUGAAAAACUGUUUGUGUAUGCCUCGUGGUGCAGGUUGGCACAUUUUGUUUUUGUUGCCUUUUGUAGACCCUGGGCUGUCUACAGAGACCGCGUUUUUACAGUGUGCUCCGGGGACAGGCAGCUAGUGGAUAGUGAGGAGAUGUUUGCUGUACGUGACAACAAAUGAUGUAGCUUAAAAGACACGCAACAACGUUUAGAGCACCUUUAAUGGAGAGUAGAAUUAGACAGGAGGUGAGAGUUUCAUCAACAGUCUUAUAAAAUACAUAGCAGAGGAUAGUUUCGAUCUAUUGACCUCUGGGUUAUGGGCCCAGCACGCUUCCGCUGCGCCACUCUGCU